AUGAACCUGAGCCCAGCCAGGUUUCAGGCAGCCUCAUUUGAGCUGGUUUACCCGGAGACAGAUGUCACCCCAAUCAACGUGGGCAAGGAGAGUGGACAUAUCGUGGUAGGCAGGCGCCUGGACAGGGAGACUGAACCGUUCGUGGAAUUUACUGUCAAAAUACAAGAUCAACAAGGGCCUGACUGGUACCUGACCAAGGUGAAGCUGAUGGUGACAGAUGUCAACGACAAUGUCCCCGAGUGGGCUAUGGAGCCAUACCCCUACCUGGCCGUGGUGUCCUCCGAGGCCCCCCCUGGGGUGCUGGUUUACCUGCUCCAUGCCCGCGACGGGGAUGAGGGCAGCAAUGGCGAGGUGGAGUACUUUCUGGCCGAUGGUGGUGAUGGCUGCUUUGCAGUGGACAAGAAGAGUGGUCACGUCCUGACCACGGGUCUCCCCUUGCAGAGAGACAGGGUGUAUCUGCUGAGUGUGGUGGCCUUUGACAGGCUGGGAAGCCGCAGUGCUCCGGCCAUGGUGUCGGUCAUAGCAGGACCCAGAGCACCACAGUUCACCAACACGUCCUACGUUAUCUCCAUACCAGAGAACACCCCAGAGGGACAGUCCUUCCUGGUGGUGUUGGCCAUCUCCUUCCAGAAGCAGCCAAUCAGCUACAGCCUGCUGAUCAACCCCAGCAGCCUGUUCAGCAUGCAGCAGGAGACGGGGGAGAUCAGCCUGACCCGCACGCUGGACUAUGAGAAUGACCAGAGACGAUACCUCCUCAUGGUCAGGGCCAGUGAGGGUCCAGGGGGCCUCAGCAGCGCCAUCGAAGUCCAGGUGGUGAUAACGGAUGAGAACGACUGUGUCCCAGAAUUUCUCCAGUCCAUUUACAGUGUUGAUGGAGUCUCUGAGACAGUCACCACAGCAACCUCUCUCCUCCAAGUGUUAGCCAGUGACUGUGACUCUGGGUUGAAUGCGGAGCUCACCUACUACACUUUAAGCCCAGACUUCAGCAUUUCUCCCCACGGAACCAUCUUCCCUGCGGGCCGUCUGGACUACGAGAGGCCCAACCACCUGUAUGAGUUUGUGGUGAUGGCUGUGGAUAACGGGGAGGAGCCUCACUCGGGCACCGCCACCAUCCGCAUCCGCAUGGCCAACAUAAACGACCAGGCCCCAGAGUUCUCCCAGACUGUCUAUCGGACCUUUGUCUCUGAGGAUGCAGGCCCCAACACUCUCGUUGCCACGGUACUGGCUAAGGACCCGGAUGGUGAUGGAAUAGUGUACUCAAUUACAGCUGGCAACGAGGAGGGCAACUUUGUCAUCGACAGCCAGAAAGGGUUGAUCCGUCUGCGCUUCACCCCCGCUCCCAAGCUCCAGGGCCUGGAGUACGUCCUCAAUGUAACAGCUACAGACGACAACGCCUCCGGGGGGCCACACCCACUCUCUGCUACUGCCUGGGUCAUAGUGGGCGUUGAUGAUGUCAACAACAACAAACCCGUCUUUGAGAAGUGUCAGCAGUACAGGGAGCAGGCGUCCGUGUUGGAGAACCAGCCCACAGGAACCUUCGUAUUACAAGUGCACGCGGUGGAUGCAGACGAGGGGGCCAAUGGGAAGGUCAAGUACGGCCUGAUGCACAGAGACAGCGCCAUACCUGCCUUCAGAGUCCACCCUGACACAGGUGUGAUCGUGACAGCGCGGCGGUUCGACCGGGAGCGUCAGAGAGAGUACUCCAUCACGGUGACGGCUACAGACUGGGCUGAGGAGCCCCUUAUAGGGAUCUGUCAGCUCAACGUCAUCAUCUUGGACCAGAAUGACAACAGCCCCAAGUUUGAGAACCUACGCUACGAGUAUUUUCUGAGAGAGGACACAAUGAUCGGCACCAGUUUCCUGCGUGUGGCGGCACAUGACGACGACUUUGGUACCAACGCUGCCGUCACCUACUCCAUAUCCCAGGAGAAGCCUGAGUACCUGAGGGUCAACCCUGUUACCGGCUGGGUGUAUGUCAACCAGCCCAUAUCACAGAGGUCCUACAUUACCCGGGAGAUUAUGGCCACGGACGGGGGGAACCGCAGCACAUCUGUAGAGAUGUCUGUGACCAUUACCAAUGUGAAGAACCAGCCCCCGCAGUGGGAAAAGGACAGCUACAGCGUGGUCAUCCCAGAGAACACUGCCAGGGAUACUCCCAUUGUGACGAUCAAAGCAACCUCGUUGCUAGGCGACUCCAGGGUGACCUAUAACCUGGAGGAGGGUGUGGUCCCGGAGACUAACAUGCCCGUGCGCUUCUACCUGUCGCCCAAUCGCGAGGAUGGCUCAGCCUCCAUCCUGGUUUCGGAGCCGCUGGACUACGAGACCACGACCAGUUUCUCCCUGAGGGUGCGGGCUGAGAACUUAGCAGCGGUACCACUGGCUGCGUUCACCACCAUCUAUGUCAACGUCACAGAUGUGAACGACAAUGUUCCAUUCUUCACCUCCUCCAUCUAUGAGGCUUCAGUGACGGAGGGAGCCAAGGUGGGGACCAUGGUCCUCCAGGUGUCUGCUCAAGACAAGGACCUGGCAUUCAAUGGACAGAUCACUUACUCCCUCUUGAGUGACAGUAGUGGGGACCACCGUCUAUUUCGUGUAGAUCCAGAGCUGGGCUCCAUUUAUACAGAGGCUGUGUUUGACCGCGAGGCGCAGGGAUCCUACCUACUGGAGGUUCAGUCUGAAGAUGGCAUGGAGUCAGCACGGCCUGGGAGGAACAAACAGCCCAACUCUGACACAGCAUAUGUGCGGGUUUUCAUCAGCGACGUGAACGAUAACAAACCCGUCUUUGCUCAGCGCCUCUAUGAAGUUGGGGUUGACGAGGAUGCAGAUGUUGGCCUGGCUGUUGUCACUGUCAGUGCUAAUGACGAAGAUGAAGGUGCCAAUGCCAAGUUGCGCUACCAGAUAACUUCGGGCAACACAGGGGGGGUGUUUGACAUGGAGCCUGAGGUGGGAACCAUCUUUGUCGCCCAGCCUCUGGACUACGAGCAGCAGAAGAGGUACAAGCUGCUGGUGCUGGCAUCGGACGGGAAGUGGGAGGACUACGCCGCCGUGGUGGUCAACGUUGUCAACAAGAAUGACGAGGCGCCCAUCUUCUCCAUGAAUGAGUACUAUGGCUCAGUGACAGAGGAGCUAGAUGGCUCACCGGUCUUUGUGCUCCAGGUGACGGCCACGGACCCAGACAAGGAUGCAGACCAGGACGCCGUCCGCUACUCUCUCCAUGGUCAGGGGGCGGACUCUCAGUUUAUGAUUAAUGAGAACACGGGGGAGAUGUACGCCCAGAAGACGCUGGACCGCGAAGAGCGGGCUGUGUGGCGCUUCGUGGUCCUGGCCACGGACGAGAAAGGGGAGGGGCUCACCGGCUUCACUGACGUCAUCAUCAACGUGUGGGACAUCAAUGACAACGAGCCCGCUUUCACCUGCGCACCCGAUGGCUGCCACGGCAACGUAGCCGAGAACUCACCGCCAGGAAGUUUUGUCAUGGAGAUGACGGCGGCAGACCUUGACGACACGGCAGUGGGUCAGAACGCCAUCCUCACCUAUCGUAUCAUCAAGAACGCCCGUGACGCGGAUUCUGAGGAACUAUUUACAAUCGACACUAGUACGGGCACCAUCUCCGUGGUGACCGGUGGGCUGGACAGGGAGGUGGCAGAGCGGCACCAGCUGGUGGUCGAAGCCAGGGAUGGAGGGGACAUGGUGGGUACAGCUACCGCCACUAUCAUCAUCAUGGACCUGAACGACCAUACCCCUCGGUUCAAAGAUGAGUGGUGUGGGGCUCGUGUGUCUGAGAGCAGCCCUCCAGACUCAACCGUGCUGGAGCUGGAAGCUGUGGACCCAGACUCUGGCCCUUACGGCCUGCUGGGCUUCAGUGUGGUGGCGGGGGACCAGUGGGAGAGGUUCUACAUGGUGAGCCACAGAGCAGAGCAGUCUGGGAGUCUGAAGCUGAGGAAGGGGCUGGACUAUGAGAGGCCCGGAGAGCAGCGCUUCAACCUCACCAUCCAGGUGGAGGACUCUGACUUCUCCAGCCUCAUCCACUGCAUCAUCCAGGUGCUGGAUGAGAACGACCACAUCCCUGAGUUCACCACCACCUUCUACCCCCUCGCUCCUCUAGUGGAGGAUGUUGCCGUGGGAACCAGCAUCACCCAGGUGAUGGCCAAUGACUCAGACUCUGACCUGAAUGGGGAAAUAGUCUACAGCAUCUCCCCGGAGUCAGACCCGUACGGUAAUUUUAUAGUGGACCGAGACGGCAUUGUGACCGUGACCCGCCCGCUGGACAGAGAGACAAUGCCCGAGUACCAGCUGGUUGUCAUGGCGACAGACCGCGGGAGUCUGGCGUUGACGGGGAGCGCCACGGUCCAGCUGAGCCUGCUUGAUGUUAAUGACAAUGGGCCAGAGCUGGAGGUGGCCUACACCCCUGUCCUCUGGGAGAACAGCCCUGCUCCACAGCUGGUGUGGCUCAACCAGACCUCCACGCUGCUCCACGUUAUCGACAGGGACUCCCCAGAGAAUGGGCCUCCCUUCUCCCUCGCCCUUCCCCGUCUUUACGCCCCCGACUUCCACCUGCAGGACCAUGGCAAUGGCACGGCAACGCUCACAGCGCUGCGCCGCUUCGACCGUGAGCGCCAGAGGGAGUUCCUCCUGCCCGUGGUCAUGACGGACAGCGGCCGUCCGCCAAUGACGGUCACCAACACGCUCACCAUCACCGUGGGCGACCAGAAUGACAACGCCCACCAGGAGGGAGAGAAGGAGAUUUACUUUCACAGCCGGAGGGGGAGGAUGCAGACUACUUCGCUGGGCAAGGUCUAUGCCCCUGAUCAAGAUGAUUGGGACAACAAGACCUACACCUUAGACACAGGAGGAAUGAGGUAUUUCACUCUAAACAGGAGUUCAGGCCACCUGGCCAUCAGACAGAACACCCUAGCAGGGAGCUACUAUCUCAGAGUAGGAGUGUCGGACGGGGUGUGGCCAGACGUGGUGUCUGGGGUCACAGUUCACGUCCGGGAGCUAGAGGACAUGGCCAUCCACUCGUCAGCCUCCCUGCGUCUGACCGGCAUCACUGCCAGAGAGUUUAUUGAGUCCCGGGUGGACGAGAGGAGUCGACAGGAUAUGUUCAGGAGCUUCCUGUCUGAACACCUGUCCAUCAGAUCUGGCACAAUCAACGUCUUCAGCCUGACAGACGUUAGACCGAAGACGCUGGACGUGCGCUUCUCUGUGAACAGCGAUGGCUACCUGCGUCCAGAGAAACUACACGGAUACCUGGCGGCGCAUAGAAAGAAGCUGCAGUCUCUGCUGCGGGUGAACGUGUCCCAAGUAGAGGUGGAUGAGUGUGUGUACACAGACUGCAGGCCGGGUGGCGGCUGCUCCACACAGCUCAGCGUCAGUGACACACCCACCCUGGUCGAUGCCGGGAACAUAGCACUGGUGUCUGUGACGAUGAUGUCCUCUGCCCGGUGUGGCUGCUCUGCCAGGGACCGGGUCCAUCAAGCUUGUUCCUCCUACCUCACAAACCCCUGCUUCAAUGGAGGCACCUGCAUGGAUACCCUCAGUGGGUACAGGUGCCAGUGCCCACCGCAGCAUGAGGGUCCUGAAUGCCAGCAGACGAGGCGACGUUUCCUUGGCAACGGCUAUGCCUGGUUUCCUCCCAUAAGGCCGUGCUUUGAUAGCCAUCUUUCCCUGGAGUUCAUCACAGAGGCUGAGGACGGCCUGCUACUCUACAGCGGGCCCCUGGCCACCCUGCAGCCUGGAGACCCAGAAGACUACAUGGCUAUAGAGCUGAUUGGUGGAACACCCAGUCUGAAGAUCAACCACGGGUCUGGGACCCUGGUCCUGCAGUUGCAGGGCAACAUGGUUGUGUCUGACAGACGCUGGCACCGACUGGAUGAUGUGCAUUUCACCUUGGACCGCUGCUCCAGUGCUAUCGUUAUGGAAACUGAGGGUGUGGACAGCUGGGCCAUGACUGAGGACCGCUCCUCCUGUGAGGUCAGAGGAGUCACGCCUAAUAGGGACAGGUACCUGAAUGUGAGUCAGGUGUUGCAGCUAGGUGGGGUCAACGAGAACAUGUCAUAUGAGUAUCCCCAGCUACAGCAAAAGCACUUCAAUGGUUGUCUGCGCAACCUGGUUGUGGACAGUAAGCUCUAUGACCUUGGCUCUCCCUCGGCAUCCUCCAGCACUGCCCCAGGCUGCUCUCUGACUGAUGGGAACUGUAUGAACAUGGGUGUACCAGUCUGUGGCGCCAGGGGGCAUUGUAAUGGGAAGUGGGACUCCUUCAGCUGCCAGUGUGGGCCCGGGUACACAGGGAUCCACUGCGAAGAUGAAGUUCCAGAGUUUUCCUUCAAUGGGAGGAGCCAUGUUCAGUACCAGGUGGGCUGGUCACUCCCCGCUCGUCACUCCAGCUUUCAGCUCCAGGUGCGAACCCACACCCCCAGCGGUGUCCUCCUCAGCCUCCUCUCGCAGGAGCAGAAUGAAUACUUACGUCUGGAGUCCCUGCUGUUCCAUCAGGUGUAA